CGCGCGUGAUUAACGGCCGUGCAGUAUCUCACGGUACUACAUUAUAACUUUACUUGAUAUACCACCAAUCUCUUGCCAUGAUUAUAUAACGAUGUUCAGCGAUACAACUUUGAUAUAGAUUAAUAUCACCGCAGUCGGCCUGGUUCAGCUGUUUGGUUCAGUUGAAGGACUCAACGUAAAAUGCUGUUUGUUACGUUGACGUUACUAACGUUGUUGCCUUACGUGACGUGUAAACCGCCUCAUAUCAUCUUCAUCGUGGCAGAUGAUUUGGGCUGGAAUGACGUCGGCUGGCACAAUGACGCCAUGUACACACCGAACCUGGACAAGUUGGCGUCUAAUGGCGUAAUUCUCAAUUCGUCUUACGUCCAGCCCGUCUGCUCCCCGUCCAGGAAUUGUUUCAUGACGGGCUACUACCCGUUCCAUACAGGACUUCAGCAUUCAGCAAUAAUUCCUGAACAAGCCGCAUACCUUCCUUCAAAUUUCACAACACUGCCUCAAAAACUCAAAGAGCUCGGAUACGUUACGCAUAUGGUUGGAAAGUGGCAUCUAGGUUUCUGCAACUGGAAGUUCACGCCCACAUACCGUGGGUUCGAUUCCUUCAUGGGUUACUACAACGGAGCGGAGGACUAUUAUGAACACACGAUAGUGGGUGGUUAUGAUUUCCGGUUUAACACGACAGUAUUUCAUCCAUCGAAAGGAGAAUAUUCCGCACACACCAUCGCUUCGCGUGCCAUUGACGUCAUCAACGCUGUUGACCCGGAUGCACAGCCCAUGUAUCUGUACCUUCCGUUCCAGUCCGUGCAUGAACCGUUAGAGGUUCCUGAGAGCUUUGAGCGCAUUUACGCUAAUAUAUCUACAAAAAGCAGAAGAACAUAUUGCGGUAUGAUAUCCGCUCUGGACGAAGCCGUUGGCAACAUCACAUCGGCACUUCGCAGCCGCGGAUUCAUGAACAACGCCUUACUUGUCUUCACCACUGAUAACGGCGGUCCCAGUUAUACGGCGGCAAACAAUCUUCCGCUGAGGGGAGCCAAGACCACCCUGUGGGAGGGAGGGACCAAGGGUGUGGCCUUCGUCUAUAGCGACACUCUGCUGAAGAAAACUAAAUACACGAAUACGGAAAUGAUGCAUGCAGUUGACUGGUUCCCGACACUGCUGACCCUUGCUGGUGGAAAACCUGACGCUGGCAUGGACGGUGUAAACCAGUGGGCCACCGUGAGUAACGGAGCUCCAUCAGCCAGGACGGAAUUCGUCUACAACAUCGACGAGAUUGACAAGAACGCAGCUAUCAG